AUUCUGAGUCAUCUCACUCUCUCAACCAUUUUGCCAAUCUCAGAAACCUAGAAACACUGAAGAUUCUUUUUGACUCGCCAGCAAAUUCUACAUUCAUUAACAUUGCUUUGCCAUCAAGUCUCAAAAAGAUAACUUUGGAGCGUGGUAGAAUUGAUUGGGAAUACAUGAGGGUUUUUGGUUCCUUACCUAAUCUAGAAGUGCUAAAAUUGCGUGAGCAUGCCUUCCAAGGCAGAGAGUGGAUACUAAAUGAAGGGGAAUUUCUCAAACUAAAAUUCCUGCUAAUUUGGGAGACAGAUUUGGAGCACUGGAGAGCCAACGAUACCCAUUUUCCAUGUCUGGAGCACCUAAUCCUCAGGAAUUGCUCGAAUUUGGUAGAGAUCCCAUCUGAUAUUGGAGAAAUACCAACACUUGAAACUAUUGAGAUAGAUUACUCCAGUCCUUCCGCUGUGGAUUCGGCAAAGAAAAUACUCGACGAUCAACAAAGCCUGGGAAACAGUGGCCUUCAAGUUUUCUUCCAUCCAACAAAAGCAAAAGUCUAUCCACUAAAGUUUGGGAUUCGGCAGGAUGAAUCAGGUCGCUAUUAUCAACCCAAAACCAAAAUUGAUCGAUUAAAGGCUAAUGCGAAGUCUGGAAGCGAUGGUGGUAGCAGCUCCAAUUCUUAGGAAUUUUUUCUCAUGGAUUCCCUGAAUUCUGAAACGCAUGAACACUUGGAGGUAUCUCGGUAUUCAACUCUAUCUUCUUCUAACACCAUAAGUGGCUUUUUGAUUUUUGUCACUUGUACAAUUGUAGUUUGUUUGUUAUUAUUGAGAUUGUAUUUUAC